GUUAGUUUUACUUUUUCAACAGUUGAAAAUGGUAUUUAACUCUCGUGUAAAUAUUAUCCUGCUUUUAUUACUUCAAAACUCUAAGCGAAGCGUUUCUAAAAAUGAAGCACGAUUUUUGUUUGAUUCUUUAUUUGGACUCGAGAGCUUAGACGAUUUAGAUACAGAUAGUUCGGUCGGACCAAAGUCAUGCAGUUGUGACUGUGGUAAGCCUAAUUUAGAAAACAGAAUAAUUGGUGGAGUUCCUACUGGUUUGAAUGAAUAUCCAUGGGUGGCUCGAUUAGUAUACGAUGGUCAGUUUCAUUGUGGUGCCAGUGUUUUAAAUCAAGAUUAUGUCUUAUCAGCAGCACAUUGUGUUUAUAGACUUAAGCGAAACAAGAUCCGUGUUGUUUUAGGAGACCAUAAUCAAUUCAGUACAACCGACACAUCAGCAAAAAUGCGUGCAGUUAUUUCAAUUAAAAAACAUAAGGGUUUUGAUACUAGCUCUUAUAACAAUGAUAUUGCUCUUUUAAAACUAAGGAAACCAAUAACUUUUUCAAGAAGUAUACGGCCAAUUUGUCUACCUAAGGAGUACUCAGAAUAUGCAGGCAAUACUGGUAUUGUCGCGGGAUGGGGUAGAACUUCGGAAGGAGGAUCGUUGCCAGCAGAAAUACAGAAAGUCGAAGUUCCAAUUUUAUCUAAUCAAGAGUGUAAAUCCAUGAAAUAUAAAGCUUCAAGAAUAACAAGCAACAUGUUAUGUGCCGGAGGAAAAACAAGUAAUAAAGACUCAUGUCAGGGAGACUCAGGUGGUGCGCUAGUCGUUAAUAAAGGAGGCAAACACGAAAUAGUUGGCAUCGUAUCUUGGGGAAUAGGUUGCGGUAGAAAAAUGUAUCCUGGCGUGUAUACCAGAGUAGCCAAUUACAUAAAGUGGAUUAAAAAUAAUUUAGAAGAUUCUUGUUUUUGUGACAGCUGAAUUAAGAGUCAAUCUAAGUAGUUUUUAUAUAAUUUAUUGAAUAUUGAACUAUACACACUGACUUAUUUUGGCUUGGUAAUACAAUGAUCAAAAGCAUACUGAUGAUUUGAUAUGAAGAUGUUUAUUUGAAGAAAACAAAUUCACUCCUAGUUUAAAAUAUGUAAAUAAUUAUUUUGGCAUUGUAAUUUUAUCUUGAAAUAUGUUAUAUUAUAAAAAUUUAGAUUCUAGUUUUCAUAUUUUUGGUUGGCAUCUACCA